CCUGUUGGUGCGAGUAGCACAUCUUCAUUGUUUGGAAUUCUGUGCGGUGAUGACAAUGUGCCGAUGUAGCUGUUCUUCAGCUGAUGGGCAUUCUUACUGUUUCCAUACUUAACACGUGACAUGCAAGGCAGUACCAGAAGAGUGGGUAUCAUGACUGAUAUCCAUCGUCGCUUUCUCCAGCUGCUGAUGACUCAUGGUGUGCUGGAGGAAUGGGAGGUUCAGCGCUUGCAGAACCACUGCUUCAAGGUCCAUGACCGCAGUGCGGCUGUAGAGAAGUUGGAGGAUUUCAUCAACAACAUCAAUAGCAUCUUGGAGUCCUUGUAUAUUGAGAUAAAGAAAGGAAUCACCGAAGAUGAUGGGAGACCCAUUUAUGCGCUGGUGAAUCUUGCUACGACUUCAGUUUCCAAAAUGGCUACAGAUUUUGCAGAGAAUGAGUUGGAUCUGUUUAGAAAGGCUUUAGAACUGAUCAUUGACUCAGAAACUGGCUUUGCCUCUUCUACAAACAUUUUGAACCUAGUUGAUCAACUCAAAGGCAAAAAGAUGAGGAAGAAAGAAGCGGAGCACGUGCUGCAGAAGUUUGUGCAGAGCAAAUGGCUGAUUGAGAAGGAAGGGGAGUUCACCCUGCAUGGCCGGGCCAUCUUGGAGAUGGAGCAGUUCAUCCGUGAGACCUACCCUGAUGCUGUGAAGAUGUGUAACAUCUGCCAUAGUCUCCUCAUCCGGGGUCAGAGCUGUGAGACUUGUGGUAUUAGAAUGCACUUGCCUUGUGUGGCCAAGUAUUUCCAGUCCAACUCUGAACCACGCUGUCCCCACUGUAAUGACUACUGGCCUCACGAGAUACCAGAAGUCUUCGACCCUGAGAAGGAGAGGGAGGCUGGUGUCUCCAAGUCGACCAGAAAGUCCCUGCGGUCCCGGCAGCACUAGCUGUGUGCCUGCUGCAUGGCUCUUUGCUGCUGGCAGCCCAUUUAGACCAAGGAUCUGCAUCCAUGUUGCCAAAUCACUUCCCUUGUUCUAUCUGUUGUUAAGAUGCUUACAGUAAACACACCUUGAGGGUU